AAUAUCUAAUUCGGCAAUAUUUUAAUAAACAAAAUGUUCGAAUUGGAAGAAUAUUCAAGUGGUUUCCACGAUGGUUUCCUUAAUAAAUAUGCAGAUAAUUGUCGUCCUACAUUAGAUUUUUAUAUAUCCGACUCAUUACAGGAUAUGAUCGAUGUAGACAUACGUAAUGAAAUAGCAACUUGUGUGGGUGAUAAUGCAGAAUUAUCACUUGUUAAUGAAUUUCCGUCCACAUUUGAAUAUGCAAACGACGGAAUGUCAUCGCCUCAUGAUAGCGAUAAUAAUACAGACUCCAAUGAUUUGGAAUUUGCUUCCAGUAAUAAAUCGCGGUAUUCGUUUAGUGAUUGGAUAUCUGGUAGCGCAACAAGUGGUACUGGAAGUUCAUGGUCGCAAGCCAAUGAUUUUUAUGCCGAUGUUGGUGCUUGCGUUAAUCCAAGAUCGGUUAUGCCAUAUAUAUCGCCAACAUUGAUGCGCAACUUACCGAAAAUGAAUCUUAAUGCAGCGAGUCGUGUGCGUGCAACAUCACCGUCCUCACCUAAUGUUAAUGAAUCAAAAUCACAUCUAACCUUUUCGCCGGCUCAAGUGAAGGUUAGCGCAAAUUCUAUACGUCAUGAGCAGAUCUCAGCACAUAUACCGAAACAAAUAGUUACAAUCUCAUCUGCAGUAACUGCAGGCACUACAGCACCGGCUACAUUAGCCACAAAUUCCUUAUUGCAACGCAAGAAUGUACAGUCUGUGGAUAUUGUCAAAAAAGAUCUUGGUCUACAAUUAGCCAAAGCUUCAUCAACAAUUACCUCAAAUACAGCAAAUGUUGUUAUAGAUGAUAAUAUUAAAAUAAUACAGAGCAAUAAUAGUGGCAAUGUUCAGACUGUUUUAAAUACCAAUGGCCUAUUGAGUAAUACGGCGACUACUAAUACAAUUAAAUUGGCACCCGGCAUUGGUGGUUUAACAUUUGCAAAUAGCAUUACAUAUAACAAAUUAAAACAACAAACUGUAAAAUCCCCACAAGGAUCUCCAGUUAUUGGUACACCAACAUCAAUCGCUUCUAAACGUGAUCGUGUUUCAAGUCCAUUGCCAAAUGGCAAUACAUUACUCAUGAAUGGCAACAGUCAACAUGUUAAUAAGGUUAUAGCACGUAAUGCUGCGCAGACCGCUUCAGGAUUUACACCAAAGAGCAUAGCAUCUGCUGUUCAUUCACAUCACAUGCAAAAUCUUAAUUUAGGUUCUCCGACGUCGAAUACAGUUCAUACUUCUCAAACUAUUACCAACAUCAAUUCUAAUACAAUACAUAUAUCUUCAGGUUCAAAUAAUAUUACCGAAGUAACAGCACCACCAGUUGCACCAUCAGUUGCCAGACAACAAACUCAACAAAGAAAUAAGACACCUGUGAAUGUCUCAAAAUAUCCGAAACCUUCCUAUUCAUUCUCCUGCCUAAUAGCGAUGGCAUUAAAAAAUUCACGCCGAGGUUCACUGCCAGUGUCAGAGAUUUAUAGUUUUAUAUGUGAACAUUUUCCGUAUUUUGAAUCUGCGCCUAGUCCAUGGAAAAAUAGUGUUCGUCAUAAUCUAUCAAUGAAUAAAUGCUUUCAAAAAAUUGAGAAACCUGCCACAAACGGAAGUCAACGUAAAGGUUGUCUUUGGUAUACAAAUCCCGAUCGUGUAGCUAAACUCGAUGAAGACAUACAAAAAUUUUCUCGUAAAGAUUCUAUGGCUAUACGAAAUGCAAUGGUUAAUCCAGAAAAUUUGGAAGCAUUAGAACGUGGCGAAAUGAAACAUGGCAGUUUAGGCGAUUCCGAUGUCGAAUUAGAUAGUCAAUCAGAAAUCGAAGAAUCCUCCGAUAUAGAAUUAGAUGAAGGUGUAGUUGAUAAUAUGUUCGUCGAAGAAGAAAUUGAUGAGGAAGAAAUGUUUAGCAAUGAAUCUAUGAACCAUAUGAAGAUUGAGAAUGAAGAGUUAAGUGGGCAACAACAAGAUUUUGAUAUUGAGGUUGGUGAUUAUUAUGAUGCGAUAGAAUUAGAUGGCGAUAAGUUGACAGAAAUAAAUCAAGCUGAUAUUAUUGAGUUAAGUCCUACAGAUAUAAAUGCUACACACUGUCAACAAUUGAAGCAAGAACAAAAUGUUGAUUAUCAAUCACCAAAACGAGCGCGAUUAAAUGUCAAUUAUUCUAUUGGUCCUGUUGUUGAAUUGGAAAAACAAAUUCAACAGAAUCAGCAACAUCAGCAGCAUCAACAGCAAUUGGUACACGUGCGACAGCAGCAAUUGCAACAGCAAAGGCAACAGCUUUUACAACAAGGAUUCAAAACAAUAAAAUUACAAGCAUCCACUCUCCAACAAUUACAACAACAACAGCAACAGCAGCAGCAACAUGUAAUUGUACAGACAUUGGGUACUAAUGGAGGCAAUCUUACGACUGCUACCAAUUCGCCGCAAUAUCAACAGAUCAGUGCAAUUCCUAACCAAAAUCGCCGCAAAAUGCAAUUGGUUAGUCGUAUUGUGUAAGGUUUAGAAACAUUUAUCCUAACAACGUUUGCGAUGUUUUCGAGGUUUUUUCUUGAGACUCAAAUGUUUCUCACAAAUUUGCGAUGUUUUCGAUGUUUUUUUCUCUCGAAACAAUGAAAUGUUACUCACAAAUUUUAUGAACUUAAUAUUAAUAUAUGUAAAUAUUUCGAUUUUUUUUGUAUUGAACGCAAUCGGUUUCUCCAAUCGAAGCUGAUCCGGUUCUCUUGUAUUGAACCCUAUCGGUUCUCUUGCAACAAAAUUUACAAAAAUAUCCUUAAAGCAGUACGGAUUGGCUGCAAAUUCUAUUUAAGUCAGAGAAAUCAAUUUGUUUUAUACGCUUAAACUUAUGUUUAAUAUUUUUACGUCAGUGAUGAGUUCGAGUGUGUGUUACGUGUAAAUUUACAUUUAUUUCUAGUAAUUUUAAGAUUUAAACUUAAGUCGUAUUUAAGAUUUAGUAAAUAAGAUGCGUCGGAAUGUCAAGAGCCGCCAAUUAAUUUUAUUUUUUUGAAAACAUUUUAAUUUUUUCAAACUUUUGAU